AUGGAUACAUUGAACGAAUAUUUAUUAAGCCAAGCUGAAUACAUAGCUUCUUCUCUAUAUAGCUAUGCAUUGAGGGUGAAACGGAAUCGUCGUAAAAAUAGUGGAAAUUAUCGUUAUUGUUUUUAUCGUUAUCAUGGUCUUCAAACCCUAGUUCAUUCGGAAGAUGCAAAACUAACCGGGAGAAUUCUACAUUGUUACAAUUACAACAUUGAUAAAACAAGAAUUGCACUAUCACAUGGUGUUAAGACAUCUUUGUUGUGGGAGAGAUUGUCGAACUCGUUAUGGUCAUCAUCGUCGGGUUCGCCUGGUUUGCGUUCGACUGUGAUGGGCGAUUUGAUUGGAACAGAGAGUGGAGAUUGUAUGAGUUGUGAUUUACUUGAGCUUCUAGGUCAAGAUCGAAGUGAAAAAAAAGGGUUUGUGUUCAAAGAGAGGGAGAAAGUGAAGAAGGAGUUUCCUCCCGCAAUAACAUUAUUGAGAGAAUCGGGAGGCGUGAUGCCGUGGUGUAUUAGAAAGGAAUGUAAUGAGGACGGGAGGUUGAUUUUUAAGACGGAGCGAAUUAAGUGUUAUUAUGAAAACAUGGAGGCUCAGAGAGAAAAUGGUAGACUUACCAUGAGGCUAAUCUAUUAUCAGGAUGAGGAUGAUGACUAUGAUGAUGGAUGGCCUAUUGAGGACGAUAAUGAAGAUGAAGAAAAGAGUGGUUACGAUGAAUUUGAAAUGGAAUUAGCAAAGGAACUUGAUAGUAGUGAGACGCGGAAGAAUGAGAUCGGGCGAUGUUGGGCCGAUUUCCGGCCGUGUGUUUCUUAUGGUGGUGGAGGGUUUGCUAGGGAUUCAGGAUCGUUCUAUUUGGGUCAGUCAGGUUCUGCACCUAUUACUUAUGUUAUGUGA